AAAUGAUUUCAGAGUUGUCAUAAACUGGAUUGUGCGCAUUUUGACGGCCAGCCGUAAAGAUGAAAUCUGUAAUCAUCUUAAUUUUCUCCCAUGUAUUACUAAUUGCCGCUUUGCCCUUUUUUAAAACGGGCAAAUACGAUUGGUUUUGGAAGAAAGAUUUCGAGGAUAAUACAAAACACGACAAUGACCCGAUUAAAGAAUUCUUCCGGAGGAGCACCACACGUCGCCCUCAUGAAGCUGUCACAGAGCAACCAGAUUACGACCAUACUGCCGAUUCUGAUUAUUCCACACAAGACGAUCUUACAGCUGAACCAGAUUAUUAUACCACAGAGGAAUAUAGAACAGAACCAGAUUAUAAUCCAGACGAAACUUCAUACGGACCAGCUGAUUAUAACACAGAAGAACCAGAUACAGAACCCGAUUAUUAUAACACAGGGGAACCUGUGACAGAACCCGAGUAUUAUAUCACAGAGGCCCCUACAGAACCCGAGUAUUAUAACACAGAGGGACCUACCGAACCCGAGUAUGAAACCACAGUAGAACCUUCAACGGAACCAGAAGACACAAUAGAAAAUGACAAAAUACGAAACAAUGCGUAUUAUGAAAAACGCAAAAAACAGGCCCUAAGCUGUGAAGGCAACGAACAAGUUACGUUUAAGUUGGAUGAAAUUGGCAAACCAACCUGUCAGUUAUGUACGUGUAACGGCGAAGGAAUCUUACUAUGCUCCAGAAUCUCGUGCUCGGACACUGGUUUAGAUGUUGGGGAACAUCAUGAAAAAUUGUUGCACAACUCUGAUAGCACGGUCAGUCUGAUCCUGCGCGAAUACGCGACUGACUGUAAGCCAGGGACAACCGUACAAGCUUCACAGUGUACUUGCUCCUGCGUCCUUCCGAGCGUUAUGUCUUGCCCGAAGGACUGUUUCUCUGCGGACACCGACGACGUUACCGUCCCUAGUGACAUCAUAGAAAGUUACGGGAUAACAAUGAUUGAGGAAGAAGAAGAAGUGUUUGAUGGUGUCCACGGAAAGCAUUAAAGCAUAAAAUACGAUCGACUAGAUAUGUGCGCACAAUCUGCAAUUAAAUUGGUUUGUGUCCGUC